AUGGGGUUAAUGGAUCGGGAAUUACAAAAAUCUCUUCUGAUGUCGGAGACUCUGACACUUGAGGCAAUAGAGAAGAAAUUGCUGGGCAGUGAGGUAGCUAAUAGACAAACUAAGGCAAUGGCUAGCGAGUCUAGGAAAGACGAGGUACAUUCAGUCAAAAGUAGAUUAGGAAAAAAGGUAGGAGAAUAUAGCCGAGACUAUGAUCGUAACAAGACAUAUAGAGGCAGAGGUGCUAACAGGUACGACAGACGAGUUAAUUUUCGAGGUAGGUCUCCUGCGGAAGUUAGAAAUCGUGGUGCAUAUGCUAAUGCAAUUUGUAAUUAUUGCAAAAAACGAGGUCAUCUGAGAAGAGACUGUUUCAGUUUAAAGAAUAGGAACUCGGUGCACCAUGUAGAGAAGGGUGACAAAGACACCAGCUAUGAUUUCAAGAGACAAGGUGGACAGGACAGCUCGGGCGAUGAAACAGAUGGAAUGGAAUGCUUGAUGAUUUCUGCUAUUAAGAAGUUAAAUGAACCGUGCAUGAUCAAAACAAGGGUGCAAAACUGUUUUUUGAAAAUGGAAAUAGAUUCUGGCUCUGCGGUUUCUGUUAUAAGUGAAACUGAUUGUAGGAAAUUUUUCAAAGAUAUUUUGAUGCGUAGCUCUAGUAGACAGCUAAUUGUUGUUGAUGGUGCUCGGUUAAGGAUUCUUGGAGAAAUUUCUGUGCAAGUAGAGCUUAACAGUAUAGUGGCACAACAAAAACUUGUUGUUUUAAAAUGCAACAACAAUUUUGUUCCCUUGAUUGGAAGGUCAUGGCUGGACUGUUUCUUCCCUGGGUGGCGUUCUAAUUUUACUAAUGCUGCAGUGGUGAAUAGCUUGAAUGAAAAGAAAGGCUAUGAGGGGGAACUGAUACUAAAAAAAGAACAACCUAUUUUCAAGAAGGCGUAUACGGUACCCUACAAAUUGAAGGACAAACUGGCGCAACAUUUGCAGAUGCUGGAGCAACAGAAGGUAAUCACACCUAUAAAGGCUAGUGAAUGGGCAUCGCCUGUGAUAGUGGUUGUAAAAAAAGAUCAAGAUAUAAGAAUGGUUAUAGACUGUAAGGUCUCAAUCAAUAAAUCUAUAGUACCUAAUACAUAUCCACUACCACUAGCACAGGACAUUUUUGCUUCUCUGGCAGGCUGUAGGGUGUUCUGUUGCCUAGAUUUGGCAGGGGCGUAUACCUACUCUAAAUGGGUGGAAGUAGAGGUCAUGCUUUAUGGAACGGACGCUAAACGAGUGAUCAAUUCGCUAAUGACUUUGUUUAGAUCCGAGGACGAUGAAGAGCCAUUUAUGGGGUUCCAAGAUUCAGCCAUUAUUGACCCGAAUCCAACUGAAUUGAAACGACAGAAACAGAGUGAUAGCCUGAUCAUGACCAAGAGUCGAGCUCGAAAAAUGAACAACAAUGAUCGCGAUCUGAACUUUUAG